CCGCUGUCAUCGGUUGCUCUGCGAAGCAAAGAGGUUGAGGAACCUCAAUUCUGGGUGUCCACGUGACAGCUGCCUUCAUCAACCCUCGGAUAGAAAGGCCAGGAUCUAGCCAUAUGUCAAUGGACCCCAGGGGCAUCUUGAAGGCAUUUCCCAAGCGGAAGAAAAUUCAUACCAGUCCAUCAUCAAAAGCACUUGCAAAGAUUCCCAAGAAGGAAGACGGAGAAGGAGCAAGAGAGUGGCUGAGCUCCGUGCGGGCCCAUGUUGUGCCCACUGGCAUUGGGCGAGCCCGGGCAGAACUCUUUGAGAAGCAGAUUGUCCAACAUGGUGGUCAGAUAUACCCUGCCCAGGCCCCAGGGGUCACUCACAUUGUGGUGGAUGAUGGCAUGGACUGUGAGCGAGCCCUUCGCCUCCUUAGACUGCCCCGGCUGCCCCCAGGUGCUCAGCUGGUUAAGUCAGCCUGGCUGAGCCUGUGCCUGCAGGAGAGAAGGCUGGUGGAUACAGCAGGAUUCAGCAUCUUCAUCCCUAACAGGUACCUGGACCAACCACAGCUCAGUAAGGCAGACCAAGACUCUUCUACUCCUGGAGCCUGUGAGGCUCUGCUCAGGACAGCCCCCUCUCUUCCCCCUACUCCCACUAGACCUGUAUCUCCUCCCCAGAGGACAGAAGAAGCUCCAAGCACCCAAGCCCAACCCGACUCCAAUGAUGAAACCAGUGAUGGGGAAGAGACCCAGGUUAGCACAGCUGAUUUGGAAGCCCUGAUCAGUGGCCGCUACCCCAUCCCCCCUGAGGGAGAUGGUGAGCCUAGCCCAGCUCCUGCAGGUUUGGAUAAGUGGGUCUGUGCACAGCCUUCAAGUCAGAAGGCGACUAACCACAACACCCACAUCACAGAAAAGCUGGAAGUGCUGGCCAAAGCCUACAGUGUUCAGGGAGAUAAGUGGAGGGCCCUGGGCUAUGCCAAGGCCAUCAAUGCCCUCAAGAGCUUCCACAAGCCUGUCACCUCCUACCAGGAGGCCUGCAGUAUCCCUGGGAUUGGGAAACGGAUGGCCGAGAAGAUUGUAGAAAUCCUAGAGAGUGGACACCUCCGGAAGCUAGACCACAUCAGCGAUAAUGUGCCUGUCUUGGAGCUUUUCUCUAAUAUUUGGGGAGCCGGAAUCAAGACUGCCCAGAUGUGGUACCAUCAGGGUUUCCGGAGCUUAGAAGACAUCAGCAACCAGGCCUCCCUAACUACCCAGCAGGCCAUCGGCUUGAAGCAUUAUGAUGACUUUCUGGAACGCAUGCCCAGGGAGGAAGCUACAGAGAUUGAACAGACAGUCCGGGAAUCAGCUCACGCCUUAAACCCUGGGCUGCUGUGUGUGGCAUGUGGUUCCUACCGGCGGGGAAAGGCAACCUGUGGUGAUGUGGAUGUGCUGCUCACUCACCCGGAUGGCCGAUCUCACCAGGGCAUCUUCAGUCGCCUGCUUGACAGCCUUCGGCAGCAAGGGUUCCUGACUGAUGACUUGGUGAGCCACGAGGAGAAUGGUCAUCAGCAGAAGUACCUGGGUGUGUGCCAGCUCCCAGGACCAGGCCGACGGCACCGACGACUGGACAUCAUCAUUGUGCCUUACAGCGAGUUUGCGUGCGCCCUGCUCUACUUCACCGGUUCUGCCCACUUCAACCGCUCCAUGCGGGCUCUGGCCAAGACCAAGGGCAUGAGCUUGUCAGAGCAUGCCCUCAGCACAGCUGUGGUGCGGAACCCCCGAGGGCUCAAGGUGGGGUCUGGCCAAGUGCUUCCCACCCCCACUGAGAAGGAUGUCUUCAGGCUCCUAGGCCUCCCAUACCGAGAACCAGCUGAGCGGGACUGGUAACCCAUGAUUGAGGCAGAGGGGGCACCUAGCUGGAUCUGCUGCCCCACCUGGCCAUCUAGUAUUCCCCUCUAGCCUUGGCUGGCUAAACUUUACCACUUUGACCACCAGCUCCCUGGGCUUGAGGGAAAGGGCCAACCUGGCUCCCAGGAUCUGCCCAGCCCUCCUCCGGCAAGAGCAGGCUGCCCUCCCUUCUACUACACAACUGCCCUUGGUAGAGUUUUGCCCAUGGCUCCUUGCCCCAUUUUAAGCAGGAACAGGUGACUGGUUUGAAGCCAGCUUCCUGUGCUGAAGGCCCAGGCAUCCCCCUUCUCUACCCUGAGGAUGGCCUAGCUUCUGGGGUUGGGAUAGGGGCUACGGGGGAGAGGCAAGCAGCUAUGGCCCAGCAUUACCCAAAACCCUUUGGAGUAGGAGAAUGAGCCACUCCGUGUACUCCCUCCCCCCACCCCACUUCCUGUGCAGCUGGAGGUGUUGGGAGAGGGUGCGCCAGGCUCCAUGAGGACAGCAUUGGAAGGCCCGGGAGCCCAGUAAAGUGCAUUUGACAUUCAACUUGCCUAGUGUCUGUGAGCUGCUGUAGCCCCUACCUGCCUUCUUCCAACUAAGUGGGGAUGGAGAUGGGAGCCUAGAAAGGCAAGUUAACUGCUCUCCACAUAGGCCAGACCUGAGUUAGCUCCUGAACUCAGAAGGGCACUGAUGGAUGUUAAAAGGGGGAAUUCAUGGAGUCAGGCAUUUAGGAGUGGCUGUCUACCCAUCAGUCUCAUCAGUAUGCCACUGACAGGAGCUAAGGCAGUCAAGGAAGGCUGCCUGGAGGAGGGAAGGGGCAGGCUGGCAGGGAAGUAGCCUAUUUGAGAGAGGUAAGCAGGUUCUGGAGAUAACUAAGGAACCCGGUUUAGAGGGGCUGCUGUGUGCUGGGAAUCAGGAGAAGGCUGGGCUGGUGGAGGACUGAAAGUCAAGCUGAGGGGCUUAGUUCGAUAGAGCAGAUAGGAGCAAGUGCAACUAGUGGCAUCAAGAUUGUUUUCAGAGGCUUGACCUUGCAGAAUGGAGAAUUUGGUGAGGGGAGAAGAGGGAUAUGGGGGAUUUUGAGGCUGAGCGUAAGGGGAACUCAGGACAUAGAGAUGGGCUCAAACCUGAGUGCAUUGGCCAUGAGGCAGGGUGGGGUAGGUUGCUGAGUUCUUCGUCUCUGUCAGUAACUUGCAGAUUCCCAGAGCUGGCCUUUGUUGGCCUGGUUUCAGUCAGGGGAUCCCAGCAGCCUUAGAGUGAGCCCUCCAACUCUAGUUCAGAACCCUGAAGUCUAAGCCAUGGGGCUUUAUCUGCAUGGGCCAUGCAGGGAAGGAACCAAAAGCCCAUAGAGUCUGUGGGCCCCUUUCACAGCUCAGUACCACCCAGAGAACACCAUCAAAUGCCCGGAAACCUCUGUGAGGGGUGAGCCUCUCCCUCAGAGCUUCUAUUCCCAAGGAGGUGUGGCUGUGCAGGGCCUGGAGUGGACAGGAGGAGCUGGGAAAUCCUGCGACCCCCAGGUGUUAGGGCUGCUUUUGUCCUUGCCCCAGGUCUGCUAGUUCUACUCUGGACUGCACCCUCAGUCCUGCCCCCAUCCCUAGCAAGGUCAGAGUUGACAGAAGCCCAAAGCCAAGGCUAGGAGAAGAGAACCAGUGGCUCUUAGGGUAACGUGGCCUGUUAACCCCUUCCUACACACAAGACAUUCCCAGAACCAUGGGGAAGGAUAGUGUUGACUUCUGUGUCUGAAACCAGGGGCCCCCAUUCCUGCCAUCACCAUCCUAUCAAGAGACUCAAUUCCAGAGACUGCCUUCAGUCCAAACAAACUCCUGAUUCCGCCUUCUGGCAAGGGCAACCGAAUCAUGGGAUAUAAAGGGAGAGUGCCUAUGUCCUCCAGAGAGAUCCACCCUGAGGGUGGUAUCAUCUUGGCUGCGCAAUCUGACACAGAAGCCCAGGAAAAGAGCUGAUAGAGGGAUUUCUAUGUCUGGAGAAAGGCUGCCCGGUUUGGGGGAGGGGUGGUUCUCUGAGUCCAAAUGGAGCAGAAUGGUUGGGAGAUUCCCCAGCCACUUCAGAGCCUGGACCUGGUUUUUAGCCCAGCACCCCAUCCUGUUGGAAAGGGAGACUGAAUUCAGAGCACUGGUUGGAAUUGGCAUUUUGUCCAGCAACUGAGCACCCCCAAAUCACCACCCAAUCACCACCUGGUCCUGAGGAGAAGGAGAUGGGCACCACAAGCUUGCUUCCUGCCCCUAGUCCAGCCAUUGUCACUCUAUCCCUGAGCCAGAGCUGUCCCUGGUCAGACCACACGUGUAGUAGAAUAAUGGUCCCCCAUAGGUGUCUACGUCCUAAUCACUGAUACCCUGAAUGUGUUACUGAUGAAAAGGACCUUGCAGAUGUGCUUAAGGUUGAUUUUGAGUUGAGAUUAUCCUGGAUUAUCCAGUGGGCCAAUCUAAUCAUGAAUCUUUAGGAGUGGAGAACAUUCCCCUGCUAGAAUCAGGGAGAGAGGUGAAAAAAGGUCAGAGAGGUGAUGUUCUGGCUUUGAUGAUAGAGAAAGGGGCCACCAGCUAAGGAAUGUGGGUCGCUUCCAAAGCUAGAGGAGGCAAGGAAACAGAUUCUACUCUAGUGCCUUUAUAAUGGAGUGCAGCCCUGUCAACACCUUGAUUUUAUUCCAGUGAGACCAGUAUCAGGCUUCAAAACAAUAGAACUGUGUGGGAAUAACUUUGUGUUGUUUUAAGCCACUAAAUGUGUGGUGAUUUGUUACUGCAAUAACAAAGGACUAAUAAAUAGACAGGUGUCUUGGUUUCUCUUGUA